UUUCCCGUCCGGUGUGCGGCGGGAAGACCGCCCGCGCGGUUACGACGGAGUGCGGUCAUCGGCUUCCCGACGCCGCGGGAGAUCCAACGCGAGGAUUUGCAUUGGCACGGCAGCUUGUGGCCGGCAUUGCUUGCCGCUUUAGAUGGAGACGCAGGCUGCUGACCUCUGAGCCGCGGGCGACGGGUGUUACCGCGGUGAUCGGCUUCCUCUUCUGCGAGACGCGCACCCCCAUCCUGCGGAUCCGAGACCACCAGACGCGACAUGGCGCCGCGGGCGGCGACCAUCUCGAACUCGUGUCCAGGAGUCCGCAAGACCACGGCGCUGCGGGCCGCCUUCUGCGUCGCCUUGCUGGCGCUGACCUGCGUCCAGCCGGCCGACGCGCAGCAGGGCCUGCCGUUCGGCACGCGCAAGCUCGCCUUCUCGGCGAACCAGUUCGGGCUGGACCUGUACCGGGCGCUGCGGGACGCUGGAGCCGAGUCGCGCCAGCCGCAGGCCGAGGGCAACGUGGCCCUGUGCCCGUUCUGCGUCAGCUCGUCGCUGGGCAUGCUGCUGCUGGGAGCCCGGGGCUCGUCGGCCAUGGCGCUGCGCCACGUGCUCUACCUGUGGGGGAUGCAGCACGUGCACGUCGCGGUGCGCGACCUGUCCGCGCACCUGGCGCACAACCUGAGGGACGCCAACCUGCUCAUAUUCAGGAGUCUGUACGUGCAGCGAGACUUCGGCGUCAAGUACCCGUUCCAGCGGUCGCUGUACCACUUCUACAACGCGUCCGUCCACUCGCUGGACUUUGCGGCCAACGCCGAGGAGGCGCGCCAGCACAUCAACGCCGUGGUCGAGAAGGCCAGCCACGCGCAGCUGGCCAACCUGCUGCCGGACACGCCACCGCCGUGGACGCAGCUGCUGCUCCUGUCCGGCCUGCACCUGGACUCGCACAUCGAGCUCGACCUGGUGCCCGCCGAAGGGGUCCGCUGGAAGGCCCAGCCGCUGGUCGACCCGGCGCCCCCGACGAUCCUGCAGCUCGGAAGACGGGCCGACCCAGCCUCUUUGGAAGACACGACCGCGGCGGCCGCGGAAGUGAUCGAGUCGCUGGGCGGAAACCCGGCGAUGCUGGAGGCCCGCUGGACCCGGGUCCGCUACGCGCGCCACGACUACCUGAACUGCACCGCGGUCGAGGUGCCGCUAGCCGGCGGCGGGCUGGUCUCCCUGCUGACCCUCACGCCCAACCAGCACGACGACAUGGGCCUGCUGGAGACACGCCUCAGUGCCCAGAGGAUCAGCGACAUCCUCGGCGACAUGCACGUGCGCAGGGCAAACGUCAAGCUGCCCCGCAUCAAGAUCGAGCACAGCCACGAGAAUCUGACCCAGUCACUGGCACGCAUGGGUCUCGCCUCGCUGUUCGGCCCCGGCAGGGCGCAGCUGUUCGACAUGAGCGACGUGCCCUGGCUGCACGUGACCAACGUGGUGCACAAAACGUCCCUGGACAUCAAGGGGCCGCGUGCAACCGUCGCCGGUGGUGGCGGGCAGGUGGCGCCACCGCCGCUAAAGCCGGGCAACCGACGCCGCGAGCCGGCGUUCGUCGGCCCCUCCGAAGAGACCAUCGACAUCGUGCUCGACAGGCCGUUCCUUUACUUCGUCGUGGACAACGUCAGCGGACUGGUCAUAGCCAUGGGCAAAGUGCUGAACCCGUAAACCGUAAGCAAACCCGUAAGCAAACCACAUGUGCAAACAUGUCUUCAAGAAGACAUUCAUCCAAGAAGCCUAAAGCCAGUAAAGCCUGCUGGCAAUAUUGAACUAUGGUGUUUAACGCAACAAAUUUAGCAGCGGUGUAUUCGGUAAUGUUUGGAGUGCAACUGCCACGGUCAGAAAUCACUCGCUACCUAUAGCUCCUUCUCGGCAGGGGAAUGCCAUGGCCCCACCGCAGCGGAUGCAGUGCAUACAUACUGCGUUGCCCAUUGGGCUGCCAAAUGACAGCCCAAGGACAAAUCUACGAUUGAUAUAUAAACACUAGCAAUACUGCGACGGUCAUGUCUAGCCACAAUUUUCAUAAAUACACCUAGGCAUUGACCUGCAUAGUGUACAGGUAUUCAUGUUGUACAACGGAUAGGUACGGCCACAGAACACCAAUGUACAGUGUUGGAGCGCUUGCAGUCACGUGACAUGCCUUGAACGACCGCUUUCGGGUCGAUAGGUCAGUGGGCAGAGCGCUCGUCGCUCCAGCGAGGCAAGUCAGACGCCACGUCACGCAACUAUUCUCGAAAGUAAAAAAAAAAAAGCCUGCCAUACGGGUCAGCCUUUGCACUUCAUAAAACCGGUGCUGCUGGUAGGUGUGCAAGACAAGCGCUGUUAGAUUUAGGUUAGGGGACAGAAGAGUCUUGCAAUCUACUUGACAACUGCACGUAGUGCACUUCUUUAGGAAGAGCCUAGCUUGCCAAUUAAAAUCACAAUUGUAUGCACUCGGCACACAGUAUUGUGUGCAGUGCAUCACACAGACAGGUGGGUUUGACAUCCACCGUACUCUUGCAUCUUGCACCGACAUGCUUUCUGGAACUACGUAUCAUGUAUCCACUGGUCGAAUCAGCACCAUCAUUCAAGACAUCAUGCCAUCACUGUCCAUGUCAAUAAAAUGUGCAACUUAUUCCAGAAGCUGCCCCAUGCUGAAAGUUCAAAACCAAUGACCACACAAUGUGCUCUCCAUUCAUGGCAAAAAUUAUUUAUUGAUGACUGUGCACUGGCGCCACAGGUCGUGGCUACGGCACAACUGUGUACCAUCGACUGUUAAAGUUUGUGGAACAUGCCAUGCGUUAACAAUCCACCAGAGCCAAUGCUCAAAUCACGGUAUCCAUACCACACUAGUGAGCACCACAGAAGCUACAGCCAACCCUCCGUGUAUUGCUUAAUUGAAGGAAGCCAUGUCCAAGCCUUGAAACUCGUCUUAUGAACAUGAAAAGGGCUGCAAGCUUGUCACACUACGUAGGUGCAGCUUUUAUCUGCAGUCCUACCAAUUGUAUUCGCUGUACGUGGUGGCAAAUAAACUCAUUUCAUGUUCCACAAACUUCUCCGGCAGCACUGACUUUCCUUUCACCACACCAUCCAACCUAUACAUGACAAGUCCAUCGGCCUUCUCACAGCCAAGCCUGAGUCGACAUUUGGUUACACUCGUGUUCAAUGUAUUAACAAAAUAUUAGCAGGCUCUAACUAUACAGAGUUAAAAAAAAGGCUGCCUGGAUAGGUUGAAAUACUCUGCUAGCACACCAUUUCCAACUGCUCUUUAGAUACCACAAUUUCCACAACUGCAGCGAUAGACAGACUUUCUUGCCUGCCUUCAACAGCAAACAGACCCCUUGACGUGACGUUCAGUUUCCAGCAACCCACACCAUAAAACUUCAUGCAAAAUUUAUUAGAAGUAACUCUAGCGCUAGCAUCCACGCAAGUUUUAAGCGUAAUGGUUCAAUCGGCACGAGUACGAAACGAAGGCAGCAUACAUGGAUUUGCAUGUUGCAUCACGAAUGCAAUGGUUUGCAACGGUUAUGUAUACAGAGUAAUUUAAGGUCUUGUGCUUAGAAACCCGAUUGCUUGGAAGCUGAGAAUAAUGCUACAACAGUUGAAGCCACAAACCCGAAGAUUGGACAAAUCCAUGUACUACUAGCAAUCGUUCCCACGGUAGCAGAAGAGUUCCUUCUAGUCAUUCUCAUAGGAAACAGCCAUACAAUGCACAGAACAUGGCCUCCACCAAAAUGAGCUCACAUUAAGCAAUCGCCAGGCGUUUUUCAUAUGCUUUGAUUGCAAGAAAUGCAAAUUAACUAAUUGCGCCAUCUGUUUCAGAGACUUGUUCACUAUCGUAAUUCGAGCAGUGAGAGAACGCCGAAAGGCCAAUUGGACGUUUCCGAUUCACCCCAUUGAGCCUGAUGGCAUGACAAAGGCCAGUGCCUGCCUCAUAAUAUGGCACUCCAGUUCAUCACAAUAGUCAACCGGCAUGCAAAACAUGAAUGAAUCGAUGCUUAUCUAACACAAUUUUUUACAGCACACAACUUGAAUAUCUUGCGCUUGCACAUCGAAACGGGGCAGCCCUUCCAAGCCCCGUUUUUCAGAAUUCUCACUGAAAACAGUAAAGGCAACGAACACAGCUGUGCUUAGACACUUUGAGAGGGAUGAAGCAAAAAAAAACAAUAUGAGAAAAUAACCAUUGCUGUGUUGCGUAAUGAGUGAUCGCACACGAAGCACAAGGGACAUUUGGUAUGUCCAGACAGCCCAGAAUAGAAUUUCCCUUUUAGCGACUUUAAUGGCAGUACAUCACAGAAGUCAACCCGCCUCAGUGUCUGAAUAAAGAAUGACUGGGUCACUGCCCAGGCAAAGAGCGUUAAAUCACUUUCUGCACCAGGACAUGCUGUCCACGUGCGAUUAACACACAGUCACACCUGCAUCAAAACUGCAACACAGAUGGCAAAACAACCUACGAGACGAAAUGCCGAAUUACAACACAAACUGCCUUUCUUUGUUAAAAAAUGCAGCAAUAAGGGUGAAAAAAGAGAGUGACAGGGAGUGAAAACAAAAAGCUCAAAUAAGAAAGUAAGACAAAAUUGUUUGCAGAUGAAUCGCUAAACCCAAGAGAAAGAAAACGAGUAGUUCCACAGUGGGAACGCCCAUGAAGUGAACAUGCCCAAUUUGCCCUAUGACCAGACAGCUUAACGACACUGUCCCCCCUUGGCUUAUGAGGGAACCUAACAGCGUAAACAGAAAACAAAAUUACAGAUGUUUGAAUCGCAGAAAUGCACAAGAGCUGCUUGGAACUACACAAAGAAAUUUCGAAUUCUUGAGCCAGUAUGCAAGGGCUUGAAUAAGCAACUUGAACAAAACGAGGACAGCACUUUCAAACGCAACAUGAAGUGAUGUUUUGAUGUUUUACAGCAAGCGUGCGAGUGAAAAACAAAAAAUGCAAACUCAUUCUGACCCUUGCAAAGGCAGUACCACAGCAAUAAGUGUGGUCACUUCCAAUGCACCUUGAGUUUUUUUUUUUCCCCCAGCCAACUCUCCCAGUCCCGAUGACUACAGCCUGCAUUACCAUUUCCUCCGAGUAGUUUUUGCUUACGCCAUCAGGUGAGAAAGCACUGUGGUGUUGCACGUAGAACCGGCACCAAAAUUGUAUUGAAUUUAAAUAUAAAGUGGGAACAAAGUGCAAAGCCGUCACAGGCAAAAUUUGCCUACAAAUUCCUGCCGUGUCGCUUUGAAGCCAUAGACAGCAGUACUAGUGAGAUCAGUGUUGCAAAAGGUACGAGCCGCUUUUGUUUCUUGAGCAUUCCUUU